UUUGGUUCAGGACGGCUCUCGAAACCGAGCCAGUUAUUCAUGUCUUCAAAUAAAAAGCAGCGGCCAUCUGUCACUUCUGACCAAAUUCAGGAGGGAUAAAAUUUCACUUGAGGCUGUAAUUCAGAACGAAACAGUGACGUCGGAAAUGCCAGGGGAUGAAAGCGAGGUUUUGUCGACGUAAACCUCAAACCAUGGGAAACGCAGCAAAGGCCUGGAGCUUAGCUUCGCGGAGGGGGCGGGGCCACGGCUUUGCGGCGGGCCGCGAUUGGCGAGCGGGGCGGGAGGCGGCCUCCGGGUAGUGGGGCGUCUCACAGUCGCCCCCUUCCAGCGCCCCCUGGCGGAAGCCGGGUCGCCCCCCCCCCCCCAGCCCCCGCUGUGGCCGCCCACCCCCGCCCGGAGGCGCCGGGAGCCUGGCGCGGGUGAGGGAAGAGGCAGCAAGCCUUCUCAGGAAAGAACGCGAACGCCCGCUGCAGCGAGAGGCUCGACUGCCUUACCCGAGAGAUAUGGGCCAUUCCUAAAGGUCACAGGGAUUAUGCCAGCAUGCGGUGCCCUUUUCCUAAGUUGCCGCGACCUGGUAGAUAAUUAAAGAUCUUUGCGGGGGGAAUAAGAAGCAGGUGAAGAGAUCAGCGCGAGACGGAAGCGAGGGAGAGGAGGCUCCAGCUCCUUCCUGAGAUAAUCCUCAACCCUUCCAGCGGGCAAAUAGUCACUGCCCGUCUCUGGGGCAUUUUAGUCUCUCGGGCAGAGGCCUUUGAUAUGCGUGAGCUUCGGCCGAAACUGGGAAUUUCCCAAAGGCACAGAAGAGUUUUCUCUCUGCGGGUCAAUCAGCAGAGAAUGGCUUCUGCAAUCACUGGUUGCACGCGGAAGGGACUGUCCAUUUGGUCACUGCCCUCGAAGACGUGUGUGAAGCGGUAGAUCGAAAACGGCCACAAGUCUAAUAAUCACUGCUAUCUGCUUUGGAGGGAAUCGAUAUUUCAAUCUAUAAAUAAAGAUGCCUAGUGGCUUGGAAAGUCAUGCCAAAUGAGGGAACACCAGGGAGCUGCUCGGCGUUCACAAUUUUUUUUUUUUCAUUUACUCAACAAUUAUUUCUUGGGCAGCAACUUGCUGGGCAGAAGGGACGGAACUGUAAACAAGACAGAGAUAACAGCAUCCAGUCGAUUUUCUGUUGUUGUUGCUGCUGUUCCAUGCAGAAGAGACAAGUCAGAGCACAAAUAAGCCUGAGCAAAGAUGAAGAAUUUUCAGAAAAAUACACCCAGCGUCGCAGGCUGUGGUUCAGGGAAUUGCCAAGCAAGAAGCAAUCCAACAGAGACCACAUGCAACCAUCAAAACGCAAGCCACUGCCUCCCCUCCCACCCUCUGAGGUUACUGAAGAGAGGAUCCAAGUAAAGGCGCUGUAUGAUUUUCUGCCCAGAGAGCCGUGUGAUUUAGCAUUAAAGAGAUCAGAGGAGUACCUGAUAUUGGAGAAAUAUAACCCUCACUGGUGGAAGGCAAGAGACCGUUUGGGGAAUGAAGGCUUAAUCCCAAGCAACUAUGUGACCGAGAACAAACUAACCAAUUUAGAAAUAUAUGAGUGGUACCAUAGAAACAUUACCAGAAAUCAGGCAGAACGUAUUUUGAGACAAGAGUCUAAAGAAGGUGCAUUUAUUGUCAGAGAUUCAAGACAUUUGGGAUCCUACACAAUUUCUGUGUUUAUAAAAGCUAGAAGAAAUAUGGAGGCUACCAUCAAACAUUAUCAGAUUAAAAAGAAUGACUCAGGACAGUGGUACGUGGCUGAAAGACACCUCUUUCAAUCAAUCCCUGACUUGAUCUGGUAUCACCAGCAUAAUGCGGCAGGCCUCAUGAGCCGUCUCCGCUACCCAGUCGGACUGAUGGGCAGCUGUUUGCCAGCCACAGCUGGUUUUAGCUACGAAAAGUGGGAGAUAGAUCCUGCUGAGUUGGCUUUUGUAAAGGAGAUUGGAAGCGGUCAGUUUGGGGUGGUCCAUUUAGGUGAAUGGCGAGCGCACAUCCGGGUAGCUAUCAAGGCCAUCAGCGAAGGCUCCAUGUCCGAGGAGGAUUUCAUCGAAGAGGCUAAAGUGAUGAUGAGAUUGUCUCAUCCCAGGCUGGUCCAGCUCUAUGGAGUGUGCAUACAGCAGAAGCCACUGUACAUUGUGACCGAGUUUAUGGAGAAUGGCUGCCUGCUGGACUAUCUCAGAGACAGAAGGGGAACGCUUACAAGGGAGAUGCUGCUGAGCAUGUGCCAGGAUACCUGUGAAGGGAUGGAGUAUCUGGAGAGGAACUGCUUCAUUCAUAGGGAUUUAGCAGCAAGGAAUUGUCUGGUCAGUGCUGCAAGUAUAGUGAAAAUAUCGGACUUUGGAAUGACGAGGUACGUUUUGGAUGAUGAAUAUAUCGGUUCUUCUGGAGCCAAGUUCCCAAUCAAGUGGUCCCCUCCUGAGGUUUUCCAUUUCAACAAGUACAGCAGCAAAUCUGACGUCUGGUCAUUUGGAGUUUUGAUGUGGGAAGUUUUCACGGAAGGAAAAAUGCCGUUUGAAAAUAAGUCAAAUUUGCAAGUUGUGGAAGCCAUUUCUAGAGGCUUCCGGCUGUACCGGCCUCCAUUGGCGCCGAUGUCCAUCUACGAAGUCAUGUACGGCUGCUGGCACGAGAAGCCUAAAGGCCGCCCUACAUUUGCUGAGCUGCUGCAGGUUCUCACAGAGAUUGCAGAAACCUGGUGACCUGAAUGGAAUGCCAACCCAGAGGAUCAUCUUGCAAAAUUAUCACAAAAGGAAAUUCUGUGUGGGGUCACUGAUGAUGAACACCUUCCUUUAGAGUGGCUAACUCUUAGAAAGAGUGCAAAGAUCACAGGCUUUUCAAACUUUAAAAUUUAAGAAUAUUCUGGAAGUAAUUUUUCUACACGGAUGUUGGAGAGGGACUUCCAAACUCUCCUUUAUUCUGUACUGUUCUUCGUGUCCCAUCUGUGAAGAAGGGAAAAAUGCUCCAUAACCAUCUUCAUAGUGGCUGCUCUUCAUGAGAAUAGCCCUGAGAGCCGCUGAGGGUAUAUGAAAACUUGACCCAUUACAGAGCUGAGGAAAUAUCUUUUCUGAAGAGGAGUGACAUUCUUUACUUCAGGGACUCACUGAAAUAAAGAAAUUCGGCUAACUCAUGGAAUAAAGGAGCCUUCUCUGCAGAAUUUAAUGCUUCUGAGCUGUACAGAUCUUUAUGGAAAAUGCACCUUUACAAACCACAUGAAUGUGAACAUUCUUAAGCUGUCUUUUAUAAUCUUCCUUAUGUUAUUUAAUAAAUUGGU